UUAAAAUUUGUUGCAAAGAAAUAAAAUUAUUGCAACUCUUUGUUAACCAACAUGCUGCAAACAUUCUCUUUGAUCAAUUUAAGAUACAUGUAAAAAAGCGUUGCUUUAUAAAUUAAAUAGGCAACAUUUAUAAUACUUAUCUAUUUUACUUUCUAAGAGUUGCCUUUAAAUGUUUAAUAAACUUCCCAAUCUAAGUGUUGUCUAAAGUUUUUUCACUAAAUUUUUUAUUUUAUUUCUUUUUUAAAAUUACUCUUUUCCUCCUGAACUCAACCAAAAACAAGAAAAGAACCACAAAAUACAUCAAGCAAUAAUUGAUUCAUCACAUUCCUGACUACCAUGCAUUACUUAGAAACAAAACUCGAACCAUACCAUUUCAGAAUCAAAAUCCCAACCCUAACUCAAUUUUCCCCUUUAACGACAUUGACGCGCGUUCUGCAUUCCUCUCUGCUCGUCGUCGUCGUGUUCAUCACUGCUUAAGCUCGCGCCAUGUUCUACUUUGCUUGUGCCGUAUUCUUUUGCUCGCAUUGCGUUCUGCUAUAGUCUGAUCUGAUAUGUUCUUCUACCCGUGCCGUUCUGAAACUUCUGCUCUUCUCCGCCAUUUUGAAAUCUCUUCUCCACUCCACCGUUCUGAAACCUCUGCUUUGCUCCGCCGUGGUGCCGUGCUCUGUCCACGCAGGCGAGUCGACAACUCUCUGUCGUUCACCUCUUCCUCUCAAGCCUCUCGCCUUGGUCCUCAGGCAUCUCUUCCUUGAAGGCGCCGUCGUCCUUGAAGGCUUGCAUAGAUCUCUCAGGCAUGACAAAAAUUUCUUCCAAAUUUUACAUAAUUAAUUUGGUUGAAUUGUUGAAAUAACAAAACUAUUCAGAGACUUGUUUUCUACUUUUUCUUCUUUAGUGUUCCAUGGUCCACACUUCAAUCCCGCGCAAUCAAGCCAUUUUCUCCACUUCUUAAUUUGAAGCCUUGAAAAAUGAAUAUCCAGUGAAUCGCCUCACUCGUAUUUUUUAUUCAUCAUUGAAUAUUAAUAUAAGUUAAUAAAUAACAAUUUUUAUGUGUGUGUUUCGCUGUCCAGGUUAGAGUUGGGAACAUCAUUGAAAAGCAAGAUUGCAGAGUUGAUGACUUACUUUCAAUAUUGACAUGGUCAUUUAUGGAAAGUAGAACAGCCUUUGCUUUUAGCUAUACUAUAUCUUAGGGAGCUUCUAUUUUGUGGACACUUGUUGUUGAAGUAUUGAUAUUAUCCCUAUGAAGUGUGAACUAUACUUGGGCAUGAGCUCUUUCUUUAGAGGGAGCUGAGUCUUGUAGGAUGGACAAUGUAAACAAGCUUCCUUAAACUGUAGGAUGAACUCAUCACAAAUCUUAAUGGAAAUGAAGAUGAUAUUGGAUCAAGGGGAUUAGAAUGCUGGCGGCUACUGAGAUGCCAAAUCAUGGAAAACAAGCUUGUGUAAUUCCUGGUUUGCCGGAUUUUACUGAAGUUUAUAGCUUUAUUGGAAGCAUUUUUUAUCCUGACACUAGAGGCCAUGUUCAUAAGCUGCAGGAAAUGGAUCCUAUAAAUUUUGAAACUGCUGCUUGUCAUAAUUGGUCAAAUGAGAAGUGCCUAACAGUGCUGAAAAACUGUUAUAAAGCACUUGAAGAGAAUGGAAAAGUGAUUAUCUUUGAGAUGAUCAUGCCUGAAGAACCAGAUUUAAGCAAUUCCUCUAAGCUUGUCUCUAUUGUUGACAAUUCUAUGUUCCUUCAUGCUGGAGGCAAGGAUAGAACAGAGAAAGAAUUUGGGAAGCUAAUCAAAGACGAUUUCUUUUUCGGUUUGAUUUAGCAUAUGGGACAAGUCAAGCAUGGAUAUAAAAUAUGCAAGUAGAUUGACGUCUUUUUGACAAAUAUUAAUUACUAUUUUGUUAUGACAAUUAUUGUCAAACAAAAAUUUUAUUAUUUUGUUGAGAAUUAUUGACAAAUAUGUAUUUGAAAUAUUAAUUGAACCUUUUAAUAUCUAUUUUAAUUAGAACUUUAUUA